GGUGACAUGUCGUGUCCACUACUUGGUAUCGCCAUUUUUGAUUUUUGACUCAUAACUCACCAUCUUCUUACGGGCGGGAACCCAAAACCUCACCCACCCUUCUCUCUCCAACUUUUAGGGUUUGAAUUUCAAAUUCACACUUCGUUUCGCAACUUGCACCAACCACCACCAUGAGUUUCCGCAUGGGCUCCAAGGUUUGGGUCCAGGACAGGGACCAGGCAUGGGUUGCUGCUGAAGUCCUCGCCUCCGACGGCGGCGGCAACCGUGUACAGCUCGUCACUGAUUCCGGCAAGAAGGUUUUGGCUUCGCCGGAGAAAUUGUGUCCGAGGGAUGCGGAUGAAGAGGAGCACGGCGGAGUUGAAGAUAUGACGAGACUCGCUUACCUGAAUGAGCCAGGGGUGUUGUAUAAUCUUAAGAGAAGAUACACUCUCAAUGAUAUCUAUACAUACACAGGGAGCAUUUUAAUAGCUGUUAAUCCCUUCACAAAGCUCCCUCAUUUGUAUGAUAACCAUAUGAUGGAGCAGUACAAGGGAGCUCCAUUGGGUGAGCUAAGCCCACAUGUUUUUGCUGUUGCUGAUGCAUCUUAUAGAGCAAUGAUGAAUGAGGGUAAGAGUCAAUCUAUCUUGGUCAGCGGUGAAAGUGGCGCUGGAAAAACGGAGACAACAAAAUUGAUUAUGCAGUAUCUCACCUUUGUUGGUGGACGAGCUGCUGGUGAUGAUAGAUCAGUAGAACAACAAGUUCUCGAAUCGAAUCCACUUUUAGAGGCAUUUGGUAAUGCAAGGACUGUUAGGAAUGACAAUUCAAGUCGAUUUGGGAAGUUUGUUGAAAUUCAGUUUGAUUCAAAUGGUCGAAUAUCUGGUGCUGCAAUUAGAACUUACUUAUUGGAAAGAUCACGAGUAGUGCAGAUAACGGAUCCUGAAAGAAAUUAUCACUGCUUUUACCAGUUGUGUGCAUUUGAAACGGAUGCAGAGAAAUAUGAAUUAGGACAUCCAAGUCACUUCCACUAUUUAAAUCAAAGUAAAAUCUAUGAACUAGAUGGUGUAAGCAAUGUGGAAGAGUACGUGAGGACCAGGAGAGCAAUGAACAUUGUUGGCAUUAGUCAUGAGGAUCAGGAAGCCAUAUUUCGUACCUUAGCUGCAAUUUUACACUUGGGAAACAUUGAAUUUUCUCCUGGAAAAGAGUAUGAUUCAUCAGUAAUAAAGGAUGAAAAAUCAAGAUUUCACAUGCAGAUGGCGGCUAAUCUCUUCAUGUGCGAUGUAGACCUACUGCUAUCAACAUUGUGUACUCGUUCAAUACAAACUCGAGAAGGAAGUAUUGUGAAAGCCCUUGAUUGCAACGCUGCUGUUGCUGGCCGGGAUACUUUGGCAAAAACUGUUUAUGCUCGUUUAUUUGAUUGGCUUGUUGAUAAGAUUAAUAGGUCUGUUGGGCAAGAUAUUAAUUCCCAGAUGCAAAUUGGAGUGUUGGAUAUUUAUGGUUUUGAGUGCUUCAAGGAUAAUAGUUUUGAGCAAUUCUGCAUCAAUUUUGCAAAUGAAAAGCUUCAGCAACAUUUUAAUGAGCAUGUAUUCAAGAUGGAGCAGGAGGAGUAUGGCAGAGAAGAAAUUAACUGGAGUUACAUUGAAUUUGUAGACAACCAAGAUGUUUUAGAUUUGAUUGAAAAGAAACCCAUUGGUAUCGUCGCUCUGUUAGAUGAAGCUUGCAUGUUUCCAAAGUCAACACAUGAAACAUUCUCAACCAAGUUGUUUCAGCAUUUCCCGUCUCACCCUAGGUUGGGAAAGGAAAAAUUCUCGCAAACAGAUUUUGCCAUUUCUCAUUAUGCUGGAAAGGUCACUUAUCACACAGAUACCUUUUUAGACAAAAAUCGUGAUUAUGUUGUUGUAGAACAUUGUAAUCUAUUAUCUUCUUCAAAAUGCCCCUUUGUUUCUGGUCUCUUCCCAUUGCCACCGGAGGAAUCUUCAAGGUCAUCAUACAGGUUCUCUUCAGUAGCUUCUAGAUUUAAGCAACAACUUCAAGCACUCAUGGAGACCCUUAAUUCAACAGAGCCUCAUUACGUACGAUGUGUUAAGCCAAAUUCUUUGAAUCGACCCCAAAUGUUCGAGAAUGGCAGCGUCAUCCACCAAUUACGCUGUGGGGGCGUUCUUGAAGCUGUUCGGAUAAGUCUAGCAGGUUACCCUACUCGAAGAACUUACUCAGAGUUUGUAGAUCGCUUUGGGUUAAUAGCCCUGGAGUUUAUGGAUGGAAGUAGUUAUGAUGAUAAAGCUGUGGCUGAGAAAAUUUUGCAAAAGCUCAAGCUUGAGAAUUUUCAGUUGGGUAGGACCAAAGUAUUUCUCAGGGCUGGUCAAAUUGGCAUUUUGGACUCCAGACGUGCUGAGGUUUUGGACAAUGCUGCAAGGUGCAUUCAGCGGCAACUGAGGACAUUUAUUGCACGCAGGGUUUUCAUUGCAGUCAGAGCUGCUGCAGUUUGUCUUCAGGCAUGUUGCAGGGGAUACAUUGGCCAAAAGAUGUAUGCUUCUAAAAGGGAGACAGCAGCAGCUAUCUCUGUUCAAAAGUAUAUACGUAUGUGGCUACGGAGGAAGACGUACAUGAAAUUAUGUUCUUCUGCUACUAUCAUUCAAUCCUGUGUUCGAGGUUUCAUGACUCGCCAGCGAUUUCUGCAUAUUAAAGAGCAUAGAGCUGCUACUUCUAUUCAGGCCUGUUGGAGAAUGUACAAGUUUAGGUCAGCUUUCCACCGACAUCAAGCUUCAAUUGUGGCAAUACAAUGCCUUUGGCGGCGUAGACAAGCAAAACGAGAGCUUCGUAGACUUAAGCAAGAGGCCAAUGAAACUGGUGCCCUCCGUUUAGCUAAGAGUAAACUUGAGAAGCAAUUGGAUGAGCUCACAUGGCGUUUGCAUCUUGAAAAGAAAAUAAGGGUUUCUAAUGAAGAUGCUAAGCAAAUUGAAAUUUCCAAACUUCAAAAGAUGAUAGAAGCUUUGAAUCUUGAAUUAGAUGCGGCUAAAUUGGCUACAAUUAAUGAGUGCAACAAGAAUGCAGUUCUACAAAAUCAAUUUGAAUUGUCAAUAAAGGAAAAAUCAGCUUUAAAGAGAGAGCUAGUUGCUGUGGAUGAAAUACGAAAGGAAAAUGCUAUGUUAAAGGUUUCAUUGGAUGCCUUUGAAAAGAAGUGCACAGCUUUGGAGGUUGAGCUUAUAAAUGCUCAAAAGGGUCGUGAUGAAACCAUUGAGAAAUUGAGGGAAUUUGAACAGAAGUGCUCUCAACUUGAGCAAAAUGUGAAAAGUCUUGAGGAAAAGAUGUUGAGUUUAGAGGAUGAAAAUCACGUGCUUCGUCAGAAAGCCUUAAGUGCUCCUCUUAAGAGUAACCGCCAAGGUUUUGCAAAGUCGCUGUCAGAAAGAUACUCAAAUGCAGUAGCUUCCCGCACAGAGAGGAAGCCCAUAUUUGAGUCACCCACACCUACAAAACUUAUUCCCACUUUCACACCAGGCAUGUCAGACUCUCGUCGAUCUAAAUUAACAGCAGAGAGGCACCAGGAUAACUGUGAAUUCCUGUCAAGGUGUAUCAAAGAAAAUUUGGGAUUCAAAAAUGGCAAACCUCUAGCAGCUCCUAUCAUAUACAAAUGUCUUCUUCAUUGGCAUGCCUUUGAAUCUGAGCGCACAGCCAUAUUUGAUUACAUAAUUGAAGGCAUAAAUGAGGUUCUAAAGGCUAGGGAUGAUGAUGAUGUCUUGCCAUAUUGGUUGUCCAAUACCUCUGCGCUUCUUUGCCUCUUACAGAGGAACUUACGCUCAAAUGGCUUUUUAACUACCACUGGUCAACGCUAUACUGGAUCGGCUGGCUUGGCCAGCAGGACUGUGCAUGGACCAAAAUCUCCAUUGAAGUUUAUUGGAUAUGAUGAUGGUGUGUCACAUGUGGAGGCUAGAUAUCCAGCUAUACUUUUUAAGCAACAACUAACUGCUUGUGUAGAGAAAAUUUUUGGUCUUUUACGUGACGAUUUGAAAAAGGAGCUUUCUCCACUUCUAGGAUUAUGUAUUCAGGCACCCAAAACAGGAAGACAGCAUGGUGGAAAAUUAUCUAGAUCUCCUAGUGGGCUUCCUCAACAACCAUCUGGUGGUCAGUGGGCCAACAUUGUCAAUUUUUUGGAUUCACUGAUGAGCAAACUUCAUGGGAAUCAUGUGCCAUCUUUCUUCAUCCGUAAGCUAGUUACCCAGGUUUUUUCCUUCAUCAAUAUUACACUCUUCAACAGUCUUCUACUGCGCCGUGAAUGCUGCACGUUCUCCAAUGGUGAAUAUAUGAAGUCUGGUCUGGCAGAACUUGAGAAAUGGAUAGUCAAUGCAAAGGAGGAGUAUGCAGGAACAUCCUGGCACGAGCUGAAUUAUAUAAGACAAGCUGUUGGGUUCUUGGUAAUACAUCAGAAGAGGAAGAAAUCUUUGGAUGAAAUUCGGCAAGAUCUUUGUCCGGCAUUGACUGUCAGGCAAAUCUAUCGAAUCAGUACUAUGUACUGGGAUGACAAGUAUGGAACCCAGAGUGUGUCCAAUGAGGUAGUUAGUGAGAUGAGGGAAAUUGUCAGCAGCAAAGACAAUCAGAAUAUAACAUCAAACUCUUUCUUACUGGAUGAUGAUAUGAGCAUUCCUUUCUCGGCUGAAGACAUCGACAUGGCAAUUCCUGCUAUAGAUCCUGAUGAGAUUGAUCUGCCAGCAUUUGUGCCCGAAUAUUCUUGUGCUCAGUUUCUUAAUCCGAUUCAGACGUAAUUGAUCUUACUGAAGCUUGGUUAGAUUCUAAUUUCAUCCCUGGACACCGGUAUCCACAAUUCAAAUGGACAGCAACCUUAGUUGCUAUCAGAUUUAUUGUAAAAGAAAGUAGAUCAAUUCCCUCGGUUGAUUUGUAGUUUAUUACAUUAUUCAACCCCCCUCAUUUUGUAAAGUCCAAGUACAGAGGACAGUGUAAUUUUAGACAUGCUGCUUCUAUUAUUAUGCAGCCCAUCCUCCUAGGUAUGUUUUUAUGUUGAAUUAUGUGUAGGUAUCCAAUUGUAACUAGGCCAUGUUAAAUCAAUUUCCAUUCAUUGAUUGUAAAUACUACUCUUGUGAAAUCCAAAAAAAAUCUCGCGGGUUCCAA